CAAAACCACCUGCCUCAAGCGGAUAAGUUGUUCUUGUGAUAUGGGACACCACUAUAGCACCUACGCUAAUAUUGGUUCAAGUUCUCCCAAGUUCCGAUCCCCCCCUGUGCUCUGAUUCAUCAGAGAUGCUGAAAUCCUACUGGAACCUAAUCCAUCUGUCCCAAUUCCGAAUACAUCAAUGUCUCUCAGGCUAUCUCUACUUGAACAUGCAUUGUUCUCCUGGAUUUUUCAGUAUUCACCCCAAACUCGGCUCUUAGCCAUGGCACUAUCUGUAUCCGAUGCUGUUUUCUUUUCCGUUGCUAUUGAGCUACUCUUGUACGGAGUGUACACUUGCCUUUUCUUCGGAUCCUCAUACCUCUUGAUAUUCAAAAAGAAGAAAACCAAGGUUAUCUUCGCCAUGAUAGCCCUAAACAUCACCAUGUGGUCUGUCGCGACCACUCACGCUGCUGUGAGCCUCCACGAAAAAUUCUGGGGAUUCCUCAGAAAAAACGGGGCAGAGAACACUGCGGUCUUCGAGGAUUACACUGCGCCGAGGAUAUAUUCCCAGCUAGCGCUGGACUGUGUAAAUUUUGUUCUCGGAGACGGAGUCGUGAUAUGGAGGGCAUGGAUAUUAUGGAACCGUAAUCGAUGGAUUCUCUUCGUGUCAUUGAUUUUACUGUUCAGUACACUCGGAACAGGCGCGACAGUGACAUACGCACUAGGCAGCUGCCUCAAAACUGUUGGUAGCCUGUCUGGAUGCCCAGCUUUAGCCGCUUGUGGAACUGCAGCCAUGAUAUUGAUAGUGACAACGAAUCUUUGGACUACGUCAUUGAUUGCUUAUCGUACAUGGACUCACUAUCGAUUAAUUCGCACAUUAACCGGGGAGUCUCUUGUAGCUCGAUUUUGCAAGCAGAACGGCAUCCUUACCUUUCUGAUUGAGUCAGGCAUAUGCUAUUGUUGCUCAUGGGUCUUUGUCUCGACGGACAAUGGUAUAUUCAUCAUGCUAGGGGUGCUAGCUCAGCUUACGGCCAUUUACCCUACCUUAAUCAUCACCUUGGUCUGUUUGAGAUCGACGCUUGAUGUGGCCAUAGAGACCUUCGAGCAAACCUACCGAUCCCAGAAACCUGAGGCCAUGCCGAUGCAGGCCUCCCCGGUACUAAGGAUCGGGGUGCAGAGAGCAACGUAUAUUUCAGGUGAGGAGGUCGAGCAUCUCACGAGUUGUCUGCCGUGUGAUAAAGCCCAAUCCGUUUAACUGAGCGAAUCCCGAUCCAAUACGGUAGGAACGAUCAGGGAAGACUCAGGAAGCGCUCUUAUUCUGAUCGCGGUCUGUGGGAGGAAAACUGGCCAAUACUUGUAC